UACUACUUUCUACUUUUUAAUCUCCUUUCUAUUGGGAAAAGAUUUUAUAUAUGCGAGUGCGAUUCACUGUUUCAGUUCAGUGUCUACCAGUUACUUCUUUCCCCACCUUCAAAGUUUAAACCCUAAACCCUUCCAUUUCACAAAAUCACCAAAACCCUAAACCCUGAAAUCCCCAACACAAUCUCCAAUCUCUCACACUCUUCAUCUCUGCGCAAUGCAAACCGUGUUCGUGUGAAUGAUCUGAUUCCACCGAAGAAACCGAUGGCGAAAAUGGCCUUGUUGCUCUGCUGUGCGGUGAUGAUGGUGGCGUUGGUUGAACACGCUGCAUCGUUGCAUUCUGCUUCUGGUCCUCACAUUGCAGAUGUUAACCUUCUCUUGCCGCCCAAAAUGACCUUCCCUGUUGAGUACAGGCUUCAAGGAAGCGACGGUUGCUUCACAUGGUCGUGGGAUCAUCAUGAUAUCCUGUCUGUUUUGCCUGAGUAUAAUUCAAGCAACAAGUGCUCAACUAGUGCAAGGCUUCGGUCAAUCGCCCCUUAUAGCGGUAGGAAGGAGACUGCUGUUUAUGCUGCAGAUGUGAAAACCGGAACUGUGAUUCGCUGCAAAGUCUUCAUUGACAACAUAUCCAGAAUCCAGAUAUUUCACAAUUCUAUUAAGCUUGAUUUAGACGGACUUGCUACGCUGCACGUCCGUGCCUUUGAUAAUGAAGAAAAUGUAUUUUCCUCAUUAGUUGGCUUACAGUUCAUGUGGAGCCUUAUGCCUGAAGCUAAUGGAUCACCCCAUCACAUUGUUAAUGUUCCUCUAAAGGACUCUCCCCUCAGUGAUUGUGGGGGGCUCUGUGGUGACUUAGAUAUACAAAUAAAACUUGAAGAUAGUGGUGUGUUUUCAGAUCUUUUUGUAGUAAAGGGAACUGAGAUUGGCCAUGAGACUGUGUCCGUGCAUUUGCUUGAGCCACAGUCAAAGAAAUUGGCUGAUGAGAUUGUUCUCACCGUAGCUGAAGCUAUGUCACUUAGUCCUCCUUCACCGGUUUUUGUACUUGUUGGCUCAGUCAUUCCCUACUCCCUGAAAGUCAUCCGUGGAAAUGUUCCUCAAGUGGUCAGUUUACCCUCACCACAUCAUCUCUGGUCUGUUUCAAAUGCUUCGGUGGCUCAGGUUGACUCAAAGACAGGGUUAGCAUAUGCGUGGAACUUGGGGAUGACAGCUGUCAUUGUUGAAGAUACAAGGGUUGCUGGUCAUUUACAAGUGUCUUCACUAAAUGUGGUCCUACCAGCUUCUUUAAGUUUAUAUUUAUCACCUUUAUCUAGUUCUGGUGAUCUUGUGGAAGGAAUCAAAUCUAUUCCUCUAAUGGCCCGUUGGUAUGUUGUAUCUGGCCAUCAAUAUCUUAUCCAAUUAAAGGUUUUUGCACAUGGUCAUGAUACACAAGAGAUUUACAUUACAGAGAAGGAUGAUGUUAAGGUUUAUGAUGACCAGUCUGAUUACUGGAGAACAUCUUGGGUUUCAAAUGAUAUUGCCUUAAAACAUGGUUGGCGGAAUUCAAAAAUUUUGGAAGCUUAUUCUCCAGGACUUGGAAAAUUGACGGCUUCUCUGAGCUAUCCUGGUGGGGCUGAUGACAGGAAGGAGAUUAUCAAAGUCGUGCAAGAAGUUAUGGUUUGUGACCAAGUGAAGUUCACCUUGGACAAUGAAAGUGGAGUUGUCUUACUGCCCUGGGUCCCUGGUGUUUAUCAGGAUGUUGAGUUAAAGGCUAUAGGAGGUUGUGCAAAAACAGUGAGUGACUACAAAUGGUUGUCCUCAGACACAUCCACUGUAUCUGUGUCAGCUUCUGGUAUUGUCCAGGCAAAGAAGCCUGGUAAAGCUACUAUUAAAGUGUUAUCUGUAUAUGAUUCACUAAAUUAUGAUGAGGUUCUCGUUGAAGUCUCCAUCCCAGCUUCUAUGGUUAUGCUUCACAAUUUUCCUGUAGAAACUGUUGUUGGUUCUCAUCUUCAAGCUGCUGUGACAAUGAAAGCAGUAAAUGGUGCCUUUUUCUACAGAUGUGAUGCAUUCAAUUCUUUGAUAAAGUGGAAAACUGGAAGUGAGUCUUUUGUAAUUGUUAAUGCAACUCAGGAGUUAUCAUACUUGGAAACAGCGCCGUAUAGUCAGCUCCAUCCAUCAGCUGAUGGCUUUCCCUGUUCUUGGACACACAUAUAUGCUUCUAAUCCUAGUCAAGCUGUGAUCCAUGCCAUACUUUCUAAAGAACAUAAUCAAUACGGUCUUGGUCCAGUUGUCUUAAAAGCAUCUUUGCGAAUUGCGGCAUAUCAGCCCCUUGUUGUAUAUCAGGCAGGUGACGGGAACCACUUUGGUGGCUACUGGUUUGACUCGGCUCAAGCAGAUGAUAAUAAGCUAUCACAUAGCUUGGAGGAGUUAUAUCUUGUCCCUGGGACAUAUUUAGACUUGCUACUUUUCGGUGGACCUGAACGGUGGGACAAAGGUGUUAAUUUCACUGAAACUGUGGAAGUUUUGGAUGAAGAGAAUGCUCUGGCUGAAGAUGGUCUCCUUGUGCAUCGUGUAUCUGACGACUAUAGGACUUCGUAUGGAAUUUUAUGUCAAACACUGGGUACCUUUAAACUUCUUUUUAAACGUGGAAAUUUGGUUGGGGAUGAUCACCCUCUGCCUUCAGUAGCUGAAGCUCGGUUGUCAGUGAUAUGUACCAUUCCUUCUUCUAUUGUACUUUUAGCUGAUGAACCAGUAAAUGAACGUGAAAUUAUUAGAGCAGCCGCUCAAGCUGAGCGUACUUCAGGUAGACUUCGUGAUGCCCCAGUUACUGUGGCAAAUGGGCGCAUUAUUCGGAUAACUGCAGCUGGUAUUAGUGAUUCUGGAGAAGCUUUUGCAAACUCAUCUUCUCUCAGUGUGAGGUGGGAACUUAGCAGUUGCGAUGGAUUAGCAUAUUGGGAUUAUGCUUUUGAUACCGUGAAGUCCAACAAUUGGGAGAGAUUUUUGGUUUUGCAAAACGAAUCAGGAUUGUGUGUUGUUCGUGCUACUGUUACUGGCUUUCUUGAUAGCUUCAGAGAUGAUACAUUUCACCAGUUUUCUCAAGCUGAAAAUGUGCUGACAGAUGCAAUUCGUUUACAGCUUGUUUCUACCCUAAGAGUUGAUCCGGAGUUCAACUUGAUAUAUUUCAAUCCUAAUGCAAAGGUUAAUUUGUCAAUUACUGGUGGGAGCUGUUUCUUGGAAGCUCUUACAAAUGAUUCUCAAGUUGUUGAAGUUAUUCAACCUCCAUCAGGAUUAGAAUGCCUACAACUGAUUUUGUCCCCUAAAGGAUUAGGGAUAGCUAAUCUGACUUUAUAUGAUGUUGGGCUUACUCCUCCACUCAGAGCGUCUGCACUGGUCCAAGUUGCAGAUAUAGACUGGAUUAAGAUCAAGUCAGGAGAAGAGAUUAGCCUGAUGGAAGGAAGCUUGCAAACUAUAUACUUAACCGCCGGUACUAAUGGUGGAAAUAGUUUUCAUUCUUCUCAGUUUGUUUACAUGAAUCUUCAUGUAAAUGUUGAGGAUAGUAUAAUUGAGCUGGUGGAUACUGACAAUUUCUCAAGCCUUGUUGGCGGUCAUGUUAAUGCAGCAAGUUUUAAAAUAAAGGGAACGCAUCUUGGAAUUACAACCCUUUAUGUCAGUACUAUACAACAUUUUGGACAUGUAAUUCAAAGUCAAGCUAUUAAGGUGGAAGUAUAUAAAGCCCCAAGAAUACACCCUCAUGAUAUUUUCCUGUUACCCGGUGCAUCAUACGUGUUUACCAUGGAAGGCGGCCCGACUCUCAGUGGUCAUGUUGAGUAUGCUAUUGAAAAUGACAAAAUUGCAAGUAUUGAUAAGUAUUCUGGAAGGCUUUCGGCAGUUGCUCUUGGUAACACAACCAUUCUUGCUAGUGUCUUUGUGAAAGGCAAUACUGUGAUUUGUGAUGCGAGGAGUACUUUAAGGGUGGGAAUUCCAUCUACUAUCACAUUGCACACGCAGAGUGAACAACUUGGGGUUGGCCGCACAUUGCCAAUUUAUCCGCUAUUUCCUGAGGGAAAUUUAUUUUCUUUCUAUGAGCUAUGUAAAAAUUACAAGUGGACUAUUGAUGAUGAAAAGGUGUUGAGUUUCAAGGUAACAGAGAGCUUGCAUGUUGAUAAAUAUGGCAUCCAGUUUACAGCUUCAGAAGAAAGUCAAGUUACUGGUUACUUUGAUGAGAAUGACUUUGGCUUUAUUAACGUCUUGCAUGGAAGAUCUGCAGGCAAGACCAAUGUUACUGUGUCAUUCUCAUGUGAACUUUCAAAUUUUGGGUCGAAGACACAGUCAAAGUUUUACAGUUCAUCUUUAUCCGUAACGGUGGUUCCGGAUCUUCCCUUGGCUUUGGGAGUCCCAAUAACUUGGAUUCUGCCUCCUUAUUAUACAACUACAAGCCUUUUGCCUUCCUCCUCAGAAUCUUAUACACAAUAUGAUAGUCAGAACCGCAAAGGAACCAUCAAGUAUUCUUUAUUGAGAAGUUUAGAGAAAAAUGCUGCUCUGCAGAACGAUGCCAUAUUCAUUGAUGGGGAUAGAAUUAAAACAGCAGAAAGUAAUGCUCUUGCAUGUAUUCAAGCUAAUGAUCGUAUCACAGGAAGAAUAGAGAUUGCUUCUUGUGUCAAGGUUGCUGAGGUGACUCAAAUUAGAAUAGCCAGUAAGGAGGUUCUCCUCAAAGUGAUUGACCUUGCAGUUGGUGCAGAACUUGAUCUCCCAACAACCUUUUAUGAUGCUCUAGGAAGCCCUUUCUAUGAAGCAUACAAUGCUCUGCCUUUUUUUGCUGAAACUAACUACCCCGAUGUUCUCUACAUUAACAAAACAUCUGAUGGAAAAGGGAAUGUCCAUAUCAAGGCGAUUCGGCAUGGUAAAGCUCUUGUUCGUAUGACAAUUAGUGACGCUCCGCAGAAGUCAGACUAUAUGCUGAUUAGAGUCGGUGCCCAAAUAUAUCCUCCAAAUCCAGUUCUUCACAUAGGAAGUCCUCUCAACUUAAGCAUAAAAGGUUUGAGUGAUAAAGUUUCUGGACAUUGGUCUACAACAAAUGGAAGUGUAAUAUCAGUUGACCCAUUAUCUGGGGUGGCCAAAGCUACUGGGGAAGGUUCAGCCCAAGUAUCUUUCCAUUAUGCAAAGUCCAAACUGCAAACAACAAUUACAGUAUUAAAAGGAGAUAGUGUUUCUGUGGAUGCUCCAAAAGGGAUGUUAACUAAUGUUCCAUAUCCUGCUAAAGGAUACAACUUCUCUGUGAAGUUCAGCAAUACCUAUGGUGAAAGGCUAGGUGCAGCUGGAGGAAACAAGAGAAUUUCAUUUGAUUGUAGAGUAGAUCCGCCAUUUGUGGGGUACGUGAAACCGUGGCUGGAUUUGGACUCUGGCAACUCAUAUUGCCUAUUUUUCCCUCACUCACCAGAGCAUUUGGUACACUCAGCACCGAAGUUAGAAGGCAUGAGACCAGAUGUAUCUCUCUCCAUAUAUGCCUCUCUUAAAGAACACGAACAUGUUUCUGGAUCUGCAUCGACACUUUUUAUUGGAGGAUUUUCUUUAAUGGAGAUGGGCAAGAGUCCAAUGCAGCUGAAUCUGACACCUGGCUCUAACAAAACUUACAUGACAAUCUUGGGAAAUACUGAUGUUGAAAUUCACUGGCGUUACCGAGAUUUGAUUAUGAUCAGUGCCAUUCAGAAAGAAGAUUUUGGCCUUCGAGGGUUUGCACAGUACGAGGUCAAACUGCUGAAAGCCAAGAGAUUCAAAGACAAAAUCACCAUCACACUCCCAGCUAAUGGCCAGGGAUUGGAAAUAGACAUAAGCUACGAACCAGAACCGGAGGAAACAGUACUACCCAGUGUACCCAUAAAUAAAACCCUCUGGGCUAGCAUCCUUGGGUCUAUCCUGCUGUUGAUUUUCUCAAUUGCUAUCUUCUUGGGAUUCCUGGACAGACCAGAUAGAUCUCAGCAAACAAGUGCUCCGGUCACUGCCAGCAUUGGAGCUCCUACAACUCCUGAAAGAAGCAGCCCAGGUGUUCCAAAUGAAAUGUCUCCUCGGACACCCCAACCAUUUGUAGACUAUGUACGGAGAACGAUCGAUGAAACUCCAUACUACAAACGGGAAGGGAGGAGAAGGGUGAAUCCACAGAAUACAUUUUAGACUCCUAUCUAUGAUACCGUGUCAGAGGCUGACACAGGUGCACAGUAUCUUGCAUUCAUUAAUGUUGUAAAAUUUUCAAACUGUCAAUUUUGGUCACUACAUGUAGUUGUGUAAAUUUAGGAAUGUAAACUGUCAUUAUGUGAGAUUACAUUAAAUACUUGUCCCAUUGUUAGCUUAGUGUAGUAAAACAUUUCCUUGCACGUGUAUCUGUAAUUGCAUUUCACCUUAUUGCUUCUCCAAAUAGAUUAUUUUUUUAAUGUAAUAGUUCCAUUCUCCAACUUACAAUAUUCUAAUUAAUAUUCAUAUUUAUAAUAA